UCGUACUGCCAGGAAGCUCCGUAGCCGCCGACGAGACCAGGAGUGGCAUGAUAAACAGUACAAAAGAGCCCAUUUGGGUACAGCCCUGAAGGCCAACCCUUUUGGAGUAACCAACAUGUCAGGGUGGGAGUCUUAUUACAAAAAUCAGGGUGAUGAGGAAGAAGAAGAUCAAGAGGAGGGCCUUGAAGAAGGUGGAGAUUAUAAAUAUUCAGGAAGAGAUAGUUUGAUUUUUUUGAUUGAUGCUUCUGAGGCCAUGUUUGAAACUCAGGAUGAAGAUGAGUUGACUCCUUUUGACAUGAGCAUCCAGUGUAUCCGGAGUGUAUACACCAGUAAGAUCAUAAGCAGUGAUCGAGAUCUCUUGGCAGUGGUGUUCUAUGGUACCAAGAAGGACAAAAAUUCAGUGAAUUUCAAAAAUAUUUACGUCUUGCAGGAAUUGGAUAAUCCAGGUGCUAAACGAGUGCUAGAGCUUGACCGCUUUAAGGGGCAGGAGGGGAAGAAACAUUUCCAAGACCUAAUUGGCCAUGGAUCUGACUACUCCCUAAGUGAAGUACUGUGGGUCUGCGCCAACCUCUUUAGUGAUGUCCAGUUCAAGAUGAGCCAUAAGAGGAUCAUGCUUUUCACCAAUGAAGAUGACCCCCAUGGCAAUGACAGUGCCAAAGCCAGCAGGGCCAGGACCAAAGCUGGGGAUCUCCGUGACACAGGUAUCUUCCUUGACUUGUUGCACCUAAGGAAACGUGGGGGCUUUGACAUAUCCUUGUUCUACAGAGAUAUUAUCAGCAUAGCAGAGGAUGAGGACAUAGGGGUUCACUUUGAGGAGUCGAGCAAGCUCAAAGACCUGUUGAGGAAGGUUCGCGCCAAGGAGACCAGGAAGCGCGUGCUCUACAGGUUGAAGCUUAAGCUCAACAAAGAUGUAGCGCUCACUGUUGGCAUUUAUAAUAUGGUCCAGAAGGCUCUCAAACCUUCUCCAGUGAGGCUUUAUCGGGAAACAAAUGAACCAGUGAAAACCAAGACCCGGACAUUUAAUGUAAAUACAGGCAGUUUGCUUUUGCCUAGCGACACCAAGAGGUCCCAGACCUAUGGGAGUCGUCAGAUUGUAUUAGAGAAAGAGGAAACAGAAGAGCUUAAACGGUUUGAUGAACCAGGUUUGAUUCUCAUCGGUUUCAAGCCCUUGAUAAUGCUGAAGAAGCACCAUUACCUGAGGCCCUCCCUGUUCGUGUACCCCGAGGAGUCCCUGAUAAAUGGGAGCUCAACCCUAUUCAGUGCUCUACUCACCAAGUGUCUGGAGAAGGAGGUCAUGGCAGUGUGCAGAUACACACCCCGCCAGAAUGUCCCCCCUUGUUUUGUGGCCUUGAUGCCACAGGAAGAGGAGCUGGAUGACCAGAAAAUUCAGGUGACUCCCCCAGAUGAGAAUUCUGGAACACCUUUCUCUCAAGGCUUCCAGCUCAUCUUCUUGCCCUAUGCUGAUGACAAACGGAAGGUGCCCUUUACCGAAAAAGUCAUGGCAAACCCAGAGCAGAUAGACAAGAUGAAGGCUAUUGUUCAGAAGCUCCGCUUCAAGUACAGAAGUGACGGCUUUGAGAACCCAGUGCUGCAGCAGCACUUUAGGAACAUGGAGGCCUUGGCUUUGGAUUUGAUGGAGCCCGAACAAGCCGUGGAUCUGACACUGCCCAAGGUUGAAGUAAUGGACAAAAGACUGGGCUCCCUGGUGGAUGAGUUUAAGGAACUUGUCUACCCACCAGAUUACAAUCCUGAGGAAAAAGUUCCCAAGCGAAAACAAGGUGAUGAAAAUUCUGGAAGCAAAAGGCCCAAGGUGGAGUUAUCUGAAGAGGAGCUGAAGGCCCACGUCAGCAAGGGCACACUGGGUAAGCUCACUGUGCCCACACUGAAGGAAGCCUGCAGGGUGUACGGGCUGAAGAGCGGGACAAAGAAGCAGGAGCUGCUGGAUGCGCUCACCAAGCGCUUCCAGAAGGCCUGACCAGAGACCAUACAGCCAGUUACCCUUCCACAUUGCAGCCAGGUGGCCUGGUUUUGUUUUUAUCAAGUUAAAACAUGUUUCUCCUGAGCCAGGGAGAGUCUGGCUGACAGAAGCCAAGGACUUUGUUUAUGAGACUUUCUGUUGUCAUGGAGAGAGCAUUGCCAUCUCACUUUGCUGUGCCUUACUCUACUGUCUGAAUAAAGAGCCCUAACUUUGUACU